AUGCCAGCACUACUUACGACGUUGCUACACCCAUGCUGUCCCCAUCACUGGCGGACCGGGAGUAGACGACUGUAUAGUCUGUGUUUGGGGAAAAGGACCUUCGACCUGAGGAGGAGGAGACAGACGUCUGGGAUCGUUUCGAGUGCCAGGGCGAGCGCGGUUUCUUGUACGUGGCCGACGACGUAUGACGCGGCUGCCGCGUCCCGUGCUGGAAACUUGGAUACCAUUGACCUAGACCAAUUAGUGAAGCGUGACUUGAAGAAUUGGGGUUUGUUUACGAACACCAACCGCGAUUUGGGCAGCACCAGAGACACUCAUAUCACCACGACGAAAGUGAAGUUCGGCUUGUCUUCUUGA